AUGGGGCCCCCGGCGCUCCUGGCCGGCGCGCUCUGCACCUUCGCGCUGCCGCUGCUGCUCUUCCUGGCGGCGCUCAAGCUCUGGGACCUGUACUGCGUGAGCAGCCGCGACCGCAGCUGCGCCCUCCCCCUGCCCCCCGGCACCAUGGGCUUCCCCUUCUUCGGGGAGACGCUGCAGAUGGUGCUGCAGCGGAGGAAGUUCCUGCAGAUGAAGCGCAGGAAAUACGGCUUCAUCUACAAGACGCAUCUGUUCGGGCGGCCCACGGUGCGGGUGAUGGGCGCGGACAACGUGCGGCGCAUCCUGCUCGGGGAGCACCGGCUGGUGUCGGUGCACUGGCCCGCGUCGGUGCGCACCAUCCUGGGCUCCGGCUGCCUCUCCAACCUGCACGACUCCUCGCACAAGCAGCGCAAGAAGGUCAUCAUGCAGGCCUUCAGCCGCGAGGCGCUGCAGUGCUACGUGCCGGUGAUCGCCGAGGAGGUGGGCGACUGCCUGGAGCAGUGGCUGCGCUGCGGCGAGCGCGGCCUCCUGGUCUACCCGCAGGUGAAGCGCCUCAUGUUCCGCAUCGCCAUGCGGAUCCUGCUGGGCUGCGAGGCCCGCCUGGCCAGCGGCGGGGACGCCGAGAGGCAGCUCGUGGAGGCCUUCGAGGAAAUGACCCGCAACCUCUUCUCACUGCCCAUCGACGUGCCCUUCAGCGGGCUGUACCGGGGCCUGAAGGCGCGGAACCUCAUCCACGCGCGCAUCGAGGAGAACAUCCGCGCCAAGAUCCGCGGGCUGCGGGCGGCCGGGGCCGGCGGCGCGGGCUGCAAAGACGCGCUGCAGCUGCUGAUCGAGCACUCGUGGGAGCGGGGAGAGAGGCUGGACAUGCAGGCACUAAAGCAAUCUUCCACCGAGCUCCUCUUUGGGGGACACGAAACCACCGCCAGCGCAGCCACUUCUCUGAUCACUUACCUGGGGCUCUACCCUCAUGUUCUCCAGAAAGUGCGAGAGGAGCUGAAGAGUAAGGAUUUGCUUUGCAAGAGCAAUCAAGACAACAAGCUGGACAUAGAAACGCUGGAAGAGCUUAAAUACAUUGGGUGUGUCAUUAAAGAGACCCUUCGACUGAACCCCCCAGUUCCAGGGGGGUUUCGGGUGGCCCUGAAGACUUUUGAAUUAAAUGGAUACCAGAUUCCCAAGGGCUGGAAUGUUAUCUACAGCAUCUGUGACACGCACGACGUGGCCGAAGUCUUCACCAACAAGGAGGAAUUUAAUCCCGACCGGUUCAUGCUGCCACACCCCGAGGAUGCAUCCAGGUUUAGCUUCAUUCCCUUCGGAGGAGGCCUCAGGAGCUGCGUAGGGAAGGAGUUUGCAAAGAUUCUCCUCAAAAUAUUUAUAGUGGAGCUGGCCAGGCAUUGUGACUGGAGGCUUCUCAAUGGCCCUCCUACCAUGAAAACCAGUCCCACCGUGUACCCCGUGGACGAUCUCCCUGCAAGGUUUACCCGCUUCCAGGGGGAAAUCUGA